AUGUUAACGCCCACCAUCGCCGCGAAAACCAGCUUUCUCUACGCUGCUGGAAAUACCCCAGCAACCAGCUUGACCCGAUCCAAUCCUCACGGUCAGGACGUGGAUAUUCUGUCACUGGGAUGUGGUGACUUGCGCAACGUUCUUUACACAACAUAUCUCGAGAAAGAACUUCACCCAGCUCGCAAUGCCUUUUUUCUGAUUUUCCUUCUUGACGAGGACUGCAAACUCAGCAAUGAGCAGCUUUGGAAUGUCUACUACCAUUUUUAUGUCGAUGAGAAUACUGCUGCUGCUGUGCUGCAAACCGCCACCAAGCUACUCACGGCAUCCAAGUCCCUCGAUGAGUGGAACACCAGCAAUUUUGCCAAGUCCAUCAAGUUUUGCGAUGCCGACACACUGUCAGAUGUCCGACGAGUCUGGAUGACUAUAAAAAAUGCAGCAGCCAAGUGCCAAUCGGGAGACUACAUGGAGACAUUUCAGCAGAAUGUCAAGCCGUCCAUGGACCACCACAACGAGAUGUUCGGUGAGACAGGUGCUAAUAUCGCGGUCAUGCGCUCUGCGGCACCUUUAUCCCUGCAGGCAGGAGUAAAGUUGAUAGAGAUGUCUCGACAGUACUGGAAAGAAGGUACGGUCACGCCACGACAGGCCACGGACAAGUCACCAAAUCCACUCCUCGUCAGUCUCCUCUCUGAGAACAGUCUCCUACACUACGGAAGUGAUCCCAUCAUGGGUUUUCACCUGGCCACUGCUUAUGCCGCUCUCCUGGAAGGAUCCCCUCUGGAACCCAAAGGCUCAGAACAAGACUUUACUGCCUCAGCUGCCGCCAAAACCCAGUUCAAUGAAUGGAUCUCUGCUUUCAAGUCGCUGAAAAAGAACAUCGUUAUCCGAUUCGCCAUUGCAGAUGCCUUGACUCUUUGUCACAACCUCCAGACCGCCCAAGCAACAGGAAAACCGGCCAAUCUUUAUCGACGAACCUGGGAUUCUCGACCACUGGUUUUGGACCCGAAGGAAUAUGGCAAGGGUGGCGCAGGGCCUUCCGCGUUCGAUAUGAUCGAUACCUCGAACCUGUCUGACCACAUCGGAGCUCUCAACAUUCUUAUCGCAGCAGGGCCCUUACUGAAAAAUGAGCCAUGGGCCUCCUUAUUUACAGAGCUGCUUCUCAGAUCUGAAAAGUCCAAGGACAGUGCUCUUGAUAAACUGCUUUGUGGCCAUGCACCCACCCUUUCGUUGCUGCUCGGAUUCAGUCCUGUGCAAUACUGGACCAACGCCAAGGUUGAGUCUCAUGUCGACGAGAUCUUGCUUGGAAUGAUGAACGAGAAAGAAGGAGAGACGCAGACGCGUACUCGAUUGGCGUGGAAGCGGAACAAUAGUUUUUCAGACCAAGCCAGUCAUGGAAAGCUUCACAUCGACUCUAAGCAACUGAUCAAAUUGCUCUCUCCCCUAUACGACUACAUGUUCGAAGCUGAGAACAUUGCAAAAGUCGAUAGUAUGGACAAUAGGUCAAACUCUUAUGGGAAUUUCAAUCGUGCAAGCUUCGCCGCUAUGCUCAAGAUCGUCAUGACACGAGUGGCGACGGAAUGGCCAACCAUGUGCUCAGCAUUGAUCGACUCUAUUUCUCAAGAACAUCGCUUUCUGCUAGCUAGUAACGGCAUGCAGGACUUUUGUCUCCAGCUUCACCUCCAUGGUGUAAAUACCGAGCCUUGGAUCAUACAGGAGAGCAGAUCCAUCCCUGAAAAUGGUGGUUUCAAUCGUUGGAAAUCACUUCCGCCAGCAGUCGCUGUCACAGUAGUGAUUCCUCGAAACGCUGUUGCCCGACUGUAUAAGCAUAAGGAAAAUGCCUUUAGGAUGGUAUCACCACCACUUAUCGGAUCAGUGCGGUCCAGCCACAAUGCGACAGAAGCAUGGCAAAACAUGUUUGGCGAUACCCAGAUUGCUUUUGGCCAUGUAGAAACAGAGAAAAUGCCAGACGAUGACGAAUUCCAAGUCAUUAUCGAAAGAGACCAGGCUGGCUGGGAUGGAGACUCGCCCCUUAUCGCGUCUUUCUAUGUCCCUACAUCAACCUUGCAGAAUGAACCAAAGUCAGCGCUGGUAAGCCUAUGUGUCCCUCCAACGGGGCAGAACUCAGCCAUCUUUGGACCUAUCCUUGGAAUGACCAUGGCCGUUUUUGAGACACGAAUCGACGACAAGUCAAGCGUAUUUGUAACAAAGCACCUGCCCGGUCAAGACACUUACCCUGUGCUGUGUGCGGCUGUCAAACCUCUCGACAAGGCAGUGAACGAGGGCCAGGAUGAUAAGGCGACAAAGAUGUUACUUGACAUACCGCCAUCAGAGUCUACUAUUACCACGAUCACAGGCCAUUUGGAUAUCACCUCGAAGAAAGGAAGGGAUCUGCUCAAGAACAAGGUUCCAAUUGAGUUUCGUCUACGAAACCCCUUUAUCGUUGACGUUAUAUUUGGCGAAGACAAGCUUAUUUGCCCUCUCAAAUUUCCAGUGCCUGUUACCAAGGAUGGGAUCAAGUCACGAGUUGCUCGAACAACGGGCUAUAUCGAGUUGAUAGCACCACUGGCAAAGCCAGCCUAUUCUCCGGAAUUGUUGAGCUUCCUUUAUCCCUCAGUAAUCUCCUCAAUUGGCGUCCCGGCAAGUCUGAACAUGUCGCAUUUGAACCUCGACAAUCUCCCAGUUCUUGAUCUAGAGAAUGAAGAUAGGAACCGGUGGAUGACGACCUUGACAUCACUGAUGUUCUCAUCUCGAGAGAAGUACCUGCGUGAUGUACGUGAUGAAAGCGGCAUCUCGCAUGACCCAGCGGUUAACUUCAAGGAAUCCAUCUUCACCAUGUUCAUGAUUGCUUCAGGUUUGCAGGGUGGGCAGACAGGCCUGUUUGCUAUCAACCACCCUGGACGAGGAGGUAUACAUAUGCUGGUAUUCGUAUCAGCCAUCAGACUUGACGGCGACGCAGCCUCAGUCGUUCUCGAUGCCGCUGUCAUUCCAUUCACAAUGGAUCUCGUCUCAUCUGGUAGAAUGGAAUCCUUCCUUCUCAUGCUCAGGGAGCUUGAGUGCGGUAGCGUCGCUGUGGACGAUGCUGAACUCGACCUUUGGAAGAAGGCACUUCCAUCGAUGGUAGAGCGAUGUCGCACUUGGUCACACAGCAAGAAAUGCGAGUACAAGAGAAAGGGAGCCACGAUACCACUUAGUACCAAAGAUGGCGAGCAAGUCUUGUGUUCAUGUGGAAACGGGCGUCUACCUGAAAACUUCGUUUCACUUCCUGAAUGGGCCAAUGCGGCACCUAAUGCUGUUAGGAUUGCCAUCAGCCCAACCUACGCAGUCCCGUGCAACGAGGAAGUCAUCAACCCGGCUGAACUUCCCCAAGGAACCCCCGUCACUCGAGUUGAGCGAUGCAGAAGCUGUGGAAAGCCAGAAAAUGAAGAAGGAGUAACGCUCAAGAAGUGUUCGCGUUGCCAAAAGGUCAAAUACUGCUCUGGUGAAUGCCAGAAGAAGGAUUGGAGGAAACAUCGAGCUGAGUGUAAAUGA